AUGUCGCCCGCUUACGUCGGACCAAUCAGCGGCAUCCCAGCAGAUCCCGUCCACUUGAUGACUCUAUUUCUAUUGAUGAUCAAGUCGCUGAAGCUGCUUCAACAAUGGCUCGUUGUGCUACUGUCUCCGCUGAUGCAGUCUGCCGUUUCCUCGGACAAAGAAAUGGAGACACAAAUCAAGCACACCAAAUCCGCACAUGCUUCUGAAGAAAACAACCUGGCCAUUCCGUCUCUGCUCACAGCCUUGCUUGAAUCCGAUCUUUCACCAAGCGAGCUUUGGACCAAACGCCUGCAGCAAGAAUCUAUCGUGAUUGACGCCGGCAUUGAAGCAACAAUGUACACACUAUCCACCUACUCUUACCAUCUGCCAGCAAACUCCUAG